UGUGGUGGGGUCAGUGGGUGUAGAAGAAGAAGCUGCCACACAGUGAUACAGCGAGUUUCGUAGAGGAAAGCUGUGGUCUUUCCGUUCUGUGUUGCUAAAAUGCUUUCAGCUCAGAGUUUUGGAGGUCCUGGGAAGAUGAAGGAGUAUCAUUAUACCGGCGCAGUAGAGAACCGGUUUUCACCUUACGCUUUCAACGGAGGAACUGUACUAGCUGUUGCUGGAGAAGAUUUUGCCAUCGUAGCAUCAGACACCAGGCUUAGUGAAGGCUACUCCAUCCACAGCCGUGACUCUCCCAAAUGCUACAAGCUGACAGACACAACUGUCAUUGGCUGCAGUGGUUUCCAUGGUGACUGUCUGACACUGACAAAAAUCAUUGAUGCCAGGCUAAAGAUGUACAAACACUCAAACAACAAAACUAUGACGAGUGGAGCCAUCGCAGCCAUGUUGUCCACCAUCUUGUACGGCAGGAGGUUCUUCCCAUACUACGUCUACAACAUCAUCGGAGGCCUGGAUGAAGAAGGCAAAGGAGCGGUGUACAGCUUCGACCCCGUAGGCUCCUACCAGAGAGACACCUACAAGGCUGGAGGAUCUGCCAGCGCCAUGCUGCAGCCGCUACUAGACAACCAGAUUGGUUUCAAGAACAUGGAGGGUGUGCAGCACGUUCCUCUGACUCAGGAAAAAGCUGUUCAGCUGGUCAAAGACGUCUUCAUCUCGGCCGCAGAGAGGGACGUCUACACCGGAGACGCCCUUCGCAUCUGCAUCGUCACCAAGGAGGGCAUCAACGAGCAGACGAUACCGCUGAGAAAGGACUGAGGAGGACAAAAUGCUUCUGUCUGCCUCCAGUUUCCUUUUCCUCUGUUCAACAUUCUGCUGAUUUGACCUCUUCACAUAAGUCUCUCAACAUAGCACUGUUGAUCCAGAGGUUGAUAAAGUUGCCAUGUAGGUUUGGCUCUCCCCCACCUAGUUCUUUGGUCAUAAUAUUCUUUAAUAUACGGUCUGUCAGCUUUCUAUUGGAUCAGCAUUCCUGUUUUCAGAAGCUGGCUGGUUCCCCACCUUGCUUAGACUCUUCCUCUGGAUGUUUUCUUGUGUUUUGGAGGGAGAUUUGCUCAGCUGUUCUUUUUACAUUCUUGAUAAAUAAAAACAAUUCAACAUC